UAUCAUUAUUAUUUCCCAGCCAUUGUGGACAUCUUAACCAGAAUGCAUUUUUUUUUUAGUUUCGUUUUUUGUUUGACCGAAAUUUGAGAUCGACUGUGAAAAAAAUUCUGCAUGAACUUUUUUUUUGGUGCCAACCUUUUGUGGAGGAAGUGUAAGCGGUCAGUGAAGAGGAUGCCCAGAUAUGUGCAUUUAAGAGGCUGAACUAUAGGUCAAAGUAAGCAUGGUGACUGGAAGCUGUGCGUUGGUUGUAGGCUGCAGUAAACAGCCUGCAUGCUUAGGCUGGAAGGCACUGGGGUAGGGAGCCUUCUGGCUUGUGGGUGGAGUCGUUAUCCUCCCCUCCAGAUACCCCAGUUAGUUCUGCAACGAUAUGGCGAGGAACACGCUUACUAACUACUACUGUGAUUUCGGCAGUCUCCAUCAUUCUUUCAGGGUAUUUCAAUGAAGACAUUUUUAAAAGUAGAAACAAAUCUCAAAUCAGGGCAAACUUGUUAAAUGUGUUGUCUGUGUGCAUGGAAUUUCUCAAGUGAUGUAAAUACGUGACGUAAAGUUCGAAGGUGCUUAGGCCAUCAUUUGAGCCAACUAUCAAGACUGUGGUUUGCUUUCUUUGAACUUCAAAGUAAGAAAAAAUAUUGUCCCGGUUCAAAUUUAGGACAGAAAUCUGAACAUUGAGAACUUUACAUGAAGACCAUCACACUUUAAGGACUUUAGAAAGUGUGACUCAUAGACGAUCUACAGGAGAGACCAGUGGCAGGCGUGUUAGUUUGAGCUGUUUAUAUUUGUGCAUUGGCAUUUGUGUUCCCAGCUCUUGGGCACCCACCCUCUGUCAGUAUGAGUCAAAAGCUGGACUCUGAGACUGAGAGCUCCCAGCCCUUGGUCUACACUAUGGAAGAGCUGGAGUGCAAGAUUUGCUACAACCGUUAUGAUGCCCGCACGCGCAAGCCCAAGGUGCUUAGCUGCCUGCAUCGUGUCUGUGCCAAAUGCCUGAAGAAAAUGGUGGAGAUGGGCGACUCCUCCCCGAGCAUCAUCAGCUGCCCCUUCUGCCGCCACGAGACGCACGUGCCGGAUGAGGAGAUCUGGCUCCUGCAGGACGACAGCAACAUCCUCGCCAUCCUCACCUACCAGGACCGGGCCAGGAAGAGCGGCUCGGUGACCCCCGGCGAGGUGGUGCUGACGCCCAACAGCCUCAGCGGAGGGGGGUGCGCCGGCGGGGAUCAGUCGCACAGCUCGUCGGACUGCCUGGUCAUCACCAUCAUGGAGAUGCCCGGGGAGUCCCAGUCCUCCGACACCAUGAGCAUGCUCAACAUGGUGCGGCUCUACCGGCCGCCCAGCCUGGACUCGCUGCCCUGCCACCUGCCCGUUCAGAAGUGCCGAAUCUGGACCUCCCGCACCUUCCCCCGUUUCCUCAUCGGGGUCCUCUGCCUCAUCUACUUCAGCUCCCUGCCACUGGGCAUCUACCUGCUGAUGAUCCAGCAGCUCACCCUGGGCGUGAUUCUGGUCAGCCUGGUGCCCUCCACCCUGGUCCUCUGUGUCUUCUACGGCUUCUGCCAGUGCCUGUGCCACGAGAUCAUGGAGUCCAUCGCAACAUAAUCGCCCGCCCCCCCAAAACGCUCGUGUCUGUCCAUGGGCAAGACGAGGUUUGGCCAACACAGACAAACCAAAUAACUGAAACCUCCACACACUUCCCCCUGCCCCACCCCAUUGCCUGAUCCUGUUCCAGGGUCCUUCCAAGUGUACCAGCACCUCCUUGUUAACACUUUGAGUUACACGUUGGGCUAGUGGCAAGGAGCUGGAACAGAAAAAAAGCAGGACAAGUUGUGCUCAGCUGUAGACCCUCAGAUUCCUCCUCAGACCCUCAGUGAGUGACCACUGGCACUCCUGCAGCGAUCUUUCGGAAGUCCGUACUGAAACAGAGGGGCGUACUCCAUUUCCUUUAGUGAGGCUCAGGUUCAAAGUGAAGGUCAAGUCUGAGUGGCAGACACACAAGAAAAAAAAAAACUCAAGGUAUGUCAGAUUGCUGAAAUUUGUGGUCAUACAUUUCACCAAACGGGCUUCACCUAUAACUAUGAUCACUCAACUGUGUUAAUAUAGCGAACAACGGAAACUGACAUCCUCUCAUUCUACUAUUGCAUACAGUGUUAAAUGGGUUGAUAGAAUUCCUGUCCACUUCACCUGUGAGUGGUUUACUUUGUAAAACCUACACUAUGUAUAUGUGCGGAUACAUACAACAUAGAGUGUUCAUAUAUUUUUUCAAAGUUCCAAGUUGCCAUUGUAAGGCAUGUCUGUACCCCGGCAGUAACUUUGCGUCGUGAGUCUGUCUUUGUCAUUACAAAAUGGGAAUGGACAAACACCUUAGAACCGCCAAAACUGUUACUAGAUAUUUCAAUAAAGAUUCAA